AUGCCAGGCUGUGGUUGUGGUUGUGGAUGUGGUUGCGGCUGUGGUUGCGGCUGUGGAUGUGGUUGUGGAUGUGGCUGCGGUUCGUGCUGUAGUUCAUGCUGUGAUCCAUGCUGUUGUGAUCCUUGUUGUUGCUCUUGCUGUGAUCCAUGCUGUUGUUCAUGCUGCUGUGGUCCAAAAUGUUGUGUAACUAAAACUGUGUGCUGCUGCAAACCAUGUUGCAAAGUUAUUAGAAAGAAAACUGUCACCGUUAAAAAAUCAUGUACCAAGGUUUGCUGUUGCUGA